AGGCGAUGCCGUGGGUAAUGAUAAUGAUCUCCACAGUAGCAAAUGGGUAAACGACACUCUAAAGUCUCUAAACGAGAUUGGCAAGAAUAGCUGGACGAAAGAGCUAGAAGAUCAGCUUUGUGCUCUGUGGCAUCUGACAAACUUGAAAGGAGAUGUGAUAUUGCACCUUAUGUUGUACGAUUUCCCCAAGAUAGCGAAGAGAGUACUGGUGAUUUCAACCGAACCACGAUUGAUUGAAAUAAUCUUGGGUAUCAUUGGCAAUGUAUGCAGCAGUGAUAAAGCGGCCAUCGAUACAAUAGGCCGCGAUCGAGAGCUAGUCACACAAAUCCUGAGCUAUUUAAAAUCCGACAACUCGUUAAUAUUGAUUCAACUUGUCAAGAUCUUGAAGGAAAUGUCGGAUCAAAUCAUAAAAAAAGCUCGAUCAGUUUGGGUAGCUUAUUUUACGAAAUGUGCAUUUUUCGGAGAUUGUAUAAUCUCUAUAUUAAUGACUUCGACUAAUGAUGAAUUACUAACCGGUACAAUGGAUUUGGUUGCAUCUAUAUUUAUUGGUGCACGUUUGGCGAAGAAAAACAAAUUGUGGGAGAAACUGUUUAAAAUUGACCAAUUCAUUGUUGCGAUGUUAGAAUCGUUUACGGGGAUAAUGGCGAGAGAAACGAGAACAAUGAGAGAGACGAGUCGCUUUGAAUGGAAGUUUGCCUAUAACUGGCUUGGAUGCUUAAAUCUCAUCAUAAUAGACCCCAACCACGUGGUUGAAGGCGAAAUCUGUGAUAAUGGAGAGAUGCUUUUGAAACUUUUGGAGAUUAUAUAUAGAAUAUUGGAACCGUGCAAUAAGUUACAUAAUUUAUAUCCAAUUCGGGAAGCAAGUGCCUUCCUGAUUUACAAUGCUACGUGUAUACUGUCAAGUAUCAUAAAUUAUAAUGUGAAUGUGGGAAAAAUAAAUGACAUUCUAGCGACUAUAACUUUCUCCCUUAGAAUGGUUUCAGAAUCUCGUUUUAAAGAAGAGCUAGAUCCCGAGGAACUCGUACCCGGUCUUUCAAAUUACCUAGAUAAAUACUGGUUACGUAUGUCACGUAUUAACCGACAAACCGACCAACAGAUUGCGGAAAUAUAUCGUCAAUGUAAACGCGAUUUUGAGCAGUACGUAAUAGGACUUGUCUCGUCACACCCGGGAUACUCGACAAGUUGACGCAGCUGCCAUCUUCGUUAGGUGUAAUUAAAAAUACGGGACCUGAGUAAAAAUAUGAGUUAACCCUUCGCAGAACACGUGAGGCUUUCAAGACCCAAUCGAUAUUUCAAUUUCGAAUUUUACGCAGAUUUUACGGAUUCAUAAAGAAAACGCGAACAAGAAUCAAGCAUACAUAACGGUAUAAAUAGUUUAUUAAAGCCUUUGAAAGUAUACUUGAAUUUUUUCAGCUUUUUUAUGGCACCAUUACAGCUUGAAAAUCUUAUCUGGGCAUAAAAGAUCCCCAGGUGUACGACGAAAGUAUCAGAAUUACGUGCGUUCUGCGAAGGGUUAAAAUUAUUUCUUGAAUUUGUAUACGAAAAUAUCUUGACAUGUCUCGACAAUAUGUAGUGCAAUGGUACAAACAAUAGUACAAACGAUAUAGUGCAAAUAGUACAAAUAGUCCUACAUACAAUAGUACAAACGGGAAUAUUAUGCAAUAAGUAAUUUACGAUAUUAAGCAAUAUUAUGCGUAGGUUGCAC